UGGAUGGAAUCUCAAAAGUGCUAUCAUACGCAAUGCGAAACAUCGCCAGGGGUUUGGAGUUACUGUGAUCAGGAAUACUAUCAUUGUGAAGAUAGCAGGUAUUAUGAAGCAAGCUCCAGGAAUGCGAGUUCUGUUCGUGACGGCUCUGCUAGUCCGGCUAGCAAGUGUGUUCGUGGUACAGACCUCUUACGUUCCAGACGAGACGUGGCAGUGCACUGAGGUGGCACACAAGCUGGUGUUUGGGAGUGGACAUCUGACGUGGGAAUGGCAGGAGGGACUCAGAUCUUAUCUUCACCCUCUACUCUUUUCUCUUCCUUUACUGGUACUCAAGUUACUAAGGUUCGACUCAGCUGCACUUGUCAUUCUGGUACCUCGACUUUUUCAAGCUCUGCUCUGUUUUGCGGGUGACGUGUUGUUGUACCGACUAGUGGUCAAGUUAUACGGACACUCCCAAGCUACCUACUCCGUCAUAAUGCAACUCUCAUCCUGGUACCUGUUUUACGUUUCCCCGCGUCCACUCGUCAACAACAUUGAAACAUUGUUGAUAACAGCUACUUUGAACUUAUGGCCGACAAGGUACAACGACAAAGUAACCUACCCGGCUGUAAUACUGGCGGCUCUCAGUGUGGCUAUACGUCCUACUCUGGUCCUUUUCUGGGUCUUUCUAGGUGUCCACUACCUGAUAAAAUGUCCCGAGAGAAGAUUCUCCUCGAUUAUCAAAGCAUUUGUCAUCGGACUUCCUACUCUUGUUCUAACCACCCUGCUCGACUCCUACAUGUACGGAAAAUUCACUUUCGUCUUCCAGAACUUCCUCAAGUUCAACAUGGCUGGUAGUGAGGUGUACGGGGCACAUCCCUGGCAUUGGUACCUGUCUCAGGGUGUACCUGCCAUUCUUGGCACUCAUUCUAUUUUCAUUGCGGUGGCGUUCAUCAAGGAGCGGGACUAUCCUAGGCAGUUCUUGGGUGUCGUGCUGGCAACAUUGUUCUUCUUCUCGACAAUAUCCCACAAAGAGUUCCGGUUUGUGCAACACCUGAUGCCAAUAUGCAUGGUCUGGGCCGGGCUGGGUUUACAUUGGAUCAGUCGGCACAUUGAAAGGUCCUCUCUUUACACCAUCAUAAUGCUCAACGCCCUCGUUAAUAUAAUUGUAGCCUUUUACAUCGGCUUCUUCCACCAGCGCGGUACUAUUUCUGUUGUACAUGAUUUAUCGAGCUCAGUUAAAUCGGGUGACAGUGUGGUGUUCCUGACACCGUGCCAUGCUACUCCCUUCCACUCUCACAUUCACAAUGCUGAGGUCGACCUCCGGUUUCUGGACUGUUCCCCCGACUUGUCCGGGCUCGAGAGCUACGAGCACGAGGAGAAACAAUUUUAUCGGGAUCCUCAGAGUUGGUGGAAAAAGUUCAGCGGCGAGAAGAAAAGGGUGGCCAAAAGUACUGAGUACGUUGUGGCGUUCGAGGAAAAUCUACCGCAUCUUCAUAAGCUGCUGAAGGAUUCAGGUUAUAAAGUGGACAGGAAAUAUUUCUUUGCUCAUUUGUUGGUCGACGAUAAACUUACUUCUCAUUUGUUACUCUACAAGAAAACGUGGGGUGCAUGAUAGCAUGUGGCAAUCCUAACUUCUAGUUCUAUGCUGUGUGUGCAUUUUAUUUUUAUUUCGAUUAGAAUUUGUCUCUAAUAUCUUUUCAAGUGAUACCUAUUAGGAGUUUGAUGAUUCCGUGAGUAUUUUAAGCGAAUGCAUGUCUUUUUAUUAAUAUUGUUUGAUGUUUUUAUUGCUUUACCAUGUAAACUUAGCUUAUGAAGUCAUUUUAAAUGUUUUAGUCUGUGAUUAACUUUAUAUACAAAUUUUUUGUUCAAAUGUGCCAAACCCUGUCUUUCUUCUGUUUUCGAUGUUUUGCGUCACCCUUUACU